UCACUGCAAAUUCUCCACUGAAAUGUACAUUUAACAUUUAGUGAAUGGGUCAUCCUUUACAUUUACUACUUAGGCACAUGGUCCAUUGGUUAAUACUUCUAUCAUUCAGUCUUACUUUAUUAACUUCUUCCACUGGUGAAUAGUUUUUUGGUAUCUUUGGUAAUUCCUUCUCUGGUGUGUUUUAAAAAAAUGUAAUAUUAACCAUAUCACCCAUUUGUUUUUGUUUUUAUUAUUCUAAAUAUAUAUUUAUUUAAAAUACAUUAUGUCCUCAUUAUCUACUCAAGCCCAGUCAGAGGCAGAGGCUGGUUACAGCUUCUCCUCUUGUCAGGAAGCUUAUUUCUUACCAUCCUUGAAUGAGCACUUUCCCUCUAGUGACACUCAGUGGUUUGAACAGAAACAGUCGGCUUGGUGAUUCACUCGUCUUUGCACUCUCAAAAUAUGAUGUCAGAGAUGAAUUGAAAACAAAAUAUGAAUGAAAUAAUUUCAGAAAUUAAGUAAAUUUAUCAAAAACAAAAAAGGGCAUUCAUUGCCUCAGGGAGGUGUCACCGCAGUGUGGGCAGUAUUAACUACGGUACAUACUUAUUUUCGAAAUAAGGUCCCAUGGGGGACAGAGGAAGAGGAGGGGCUUUGCCUCUCUAUGGGCUGGCAUGCACAAGACACUGACACUGAAACUUACCAGCUAAAUGGAAUGCAGCCAUCAUUAACAUUAUUGUUUACACCUGUGCUUUUCCUUCUAAGACAUCAAGAUGACAAAAACAGAUUGUUUACUGAUUGGUACUUUGUGUGUGUGUGUGUGUGUGUGUGUGUGUGUGUGUGUGUUUUGGACUUUUCCAAGUAUUCCCCAGUUAUCACAGCCUUCCUAGAAGGAGACUGUAUCACCGGAAUUAAGCCAGCAAAAGAUUUUUUUUAAAUACUUUAGUGACUUUAGUCGAGUUCCCCUCUAAUCUCUCUCUCUCUCCUCACUCUUCAACACACACUGAGUCAUAAGUCAGCAGUGGUUCCUGUGUAAUGGGUAAACACAAAUCAGUCAUGGCUUCGGUCACUAACCCGGCCUGCAGUGUCCACUCUACAUAAAUCGCCACAGAUUUACAGGCGGAAAUUCCCACUUUAGGGAGGUUUUUGGAAUUAUUUCUUAUAUUAUUAUCUGCUUCUAACUGACUUUGUUUUCUGCCUUUCACUCUACACUUUCUUUCCUCUGUCCUAUGUUCGCCUGCUUCCCAGUCUGUGACUUUCAUCCUACAUCUUAGCAAAAGUCUCAACCAUGCAGCCAUGAAGCACAUCUUCCCGGGGAUCGAUAACCUGCAUUGACCAUGGCAAAUUUGCCCUCUGGACCACAGGACAGUGUGCCCGCACACACCCCCGCUUCACACACUGUUGCAGAGUCUCUUUGCUCCUCGUCUCACCACGCACACCUCAGGGUAGCUUGGCGUGAGCAGACCACCCAAAGACUAAGGAGACUGCACACGGGGAGGCCUGGGUGGGUGAAUGCACCGAAGGAUGGCCAUAUUUUGGAAAGCUAUGGCAGAUGGACUGCUUCUCACUUUGAGCAUCACUCUGCUUGGAUGGGGAGUUGAGGGUCAGGGGAACGGACGGGGUAAGAAAGAAGUGUCAGGCGGGGCUACUGUCUACCUUGGCCAGGACAGAGACAUCUGGAGGCCACUGAUCCACACAACGGUAAACUUCAGUGAGAUCAGAAGUAUCAAGUCAUCCUUUCAGUUACGGACAUUUGACCCAGAAGGUGUCAUUUUCUACGGAGACACCAAAAACGGGGAGGACUGGUUUGUUUUGUCUCUGAAAGACGGCAUCCCCCUGAUGCAGAUCAGCAAAAAUGGCAUCCUCGUCAGUGUGGCAGGCGGCCCCCAGCUCAAUGACGGAAAAUGGCACACACUGGAGGUGAGCAACCAAGAGCAGUUUGUGAUUCUAGAGGUGGACGGCUCCAAUAGGCUGGUGGUGGGCACGGGCAUGCUGUCCAAACAGGAGGUCCUUUCAGGUGAACUCCGACUGGCCGUUGGAGGGAUCCUGAUCAACAAGGAAAAGAUGAUUGUUCAGUUUGAGCCUCAGAUGGACGGCUGUGUGCGGGAAGGCAGCUGGUUAAACCUCACCAUCCCCUGGGAGGUGGAGGCAGAGGAGCUCUGGCCCUGCUAUCAACACGUCCAACCUGGCAGUUACUUUCCUGGCACUGGAUUUGCCAUUUUCAACACCUCAGUUUUCCCCAUUGAGGCAGAUCAUGGGUUCAAGACUGAAUUGUGGGGAGAUUUCAGUAAGAUGCAUGGGACCAUUUUGAGCAUCAAGGCUCCUGGGCAAGAGCUGAUGUUCACUUUAGUGGCCAAUAAUAACACUCAGGAGGUCACACUCACUUUCGGUGGAGAAAAAAUCAGUAUGAGAGACACUUUCAAGAGACUGGUGAUAACCUUUCAGACAGAUUUACUGCAAGCACUUCAAGAUGAAGAUCAAUCAAAGACAUUAUCUAUCAGUCCACUGAGCCACCCCGGUUAUUUGACCACAUGGAGAGAAGGUCGUCUCGCCGUUGGAGGUCUUUUAGGUGAGGGUGAGGACGUCGUCGGCUCUGAGUUCUUGACAGGCUGUCUGGAGAAGAUCCAGGUUCAGGGGAGGGAUUUGGAUUUGGAUUUAGCUGUCAAACAACCAUCAAUCUCCUCUCAUAGCUGCCCUGCAUAGAGCAUGAAAGUAUGAAUGUUCAAUAUGUGGACUCGAUGUUCGCAGUAGAUGCCUUUAGGUCUAAAUGACACAAAAAAUACAAUUUGGAGUGAAAAAUGGUCAGCUAAUAGUCAUUCUGUAGUCGAAUGUGGUAUUUGUACCCAUUAACCUCUAAAGUGUGGAGAAUUUACAAUAAAAUAUUAGUAUGUUGUUCAAUAGAUAUCUCUCCCACUUGCCCUAUUUUAACAGAAUAUGCUGAUUAAUCUGAGAAAUGUGAAUGGUUUUGUGACCUUGGUACAUGCAACAGUCUGUUUCUGAAUAAAAUAUGGUUCUCUUUAAUACGA